AUCAUUUUCAUGCUCAAGAUUCAGAAGAACCAUAGAACUGGUAUGAAUUAUUAAUGGAGAGAUAACAAAGCAUACAUUUCAAAAAAUAGCACAUGAAAUUACUGCAAAAGAGAGAGGACAUCAGUCCAGAAUUUGCAAGAAAGAAGCACACUUUCAAUAGUGAAAUAUUAAAAGCUAUGUUUUAAAAACCACUUGUUUAAGUGAAGGCUGCGUGGGAGACUCAGUCACCUGCUAUAUCUAUUAAAAUACAUGGAAAUACAUUGACAUUGGUGAAUUCGGGAGGACAAUGAUAUUUUUAAUCUCCUCAGGAUUGGUUAAGUACCAUAUACAGCAAAAGGCAUUUGCGUAGUUCAGAGAAGUUCAUUCUUAGACUUUCUGAUGUCAUGAGAAUAUUAGCAUUCCAUUGUUUAUUCCAGUAUUCCUUGUAAAACUGAAAGCUGUAUAAAACCUGUUUGUGCUGUGUUGAGGAAGUGCUGUGGUUUGGGAAUGAUUUUGAAUAAUCACCCAUUUGAUUUGGGAAGUAAUAUGCUUUGUAGCUGGGGUUGGUUCUCUACUGUUAUUUUUACCACCUUCAUUUUUAACUUUGUGUGUGCUUAUUCCCAUUUAUUUUUUUAUGGAGUGGGAUUAGUCUUCAUUUGCAUGUCCUCUCUUAAUAUUCACCACCUACUUUAAAUAUGACCGUCAGUCUGAAAGCUACAAACAAUGCUGAAAAUGGGCAGUGUGCAUUAUGGUAAUUGGUGAAAUGAGGUUAGCAGUGUUUUGAGUCUCAGGUGUGGUAGUUCUGGUUUUUUUUUAGUAGGUGCUCAAAAAUCUAGGCACGGGGAGACAUCUCCAAGAUUGAUGCAUAGCACAGUGACUAAAUAAAGAUCUGAAAACAGUUGUAUUUUCAAUGCCAAUGAACCAAAGCACAUAUGAGGAAAUACUUUAUAGCCGGCUUGGUUGUAAAGACACUGGUUGAGCUGUGCACCUAAAACUCUCAACCUUGCAUGGUUUUACUUAGAGUACUGCAAGAGAGAAUGUCACCAACUUGAUCCAGUUGUCUUUUGGAUAAUUUAUCAUCAGUGGUGGAUGAUUUUUUUUUCUUUGUAGGAUCUGUACAAAAAUAAAAUCGGCACCCUAGACACUGGUGAUGUAUUUUGCCAAGAGUGAGUUCUACUUGAUAAGUGUCACUAGCACUGUGCUUUUGUAAACCAUAUUUACCCUAUUAAUUACUCAUGCUUUGUGUUAGUAAUAUCUUGUGAUAAAUUGGCUGACGUACAUUUUAAGGUAAGAGAAAAACAAUAGUGGUUUCCAAAGGUUGUUUUCUUUGGCCUUUACUGAGGUUGUAUGACCUUAUACUUACCUACAUCCUCUCUUAUUCUUUACCUAUACCCACUGAGUGCUUCAAAAUGUUUUAAUUCCCCAAGCCUUUACAUAGUGACUUGGUGUUUAUAAAGAUUCUUUUAUUGUGUAAAUGUUGAAAGCAGAGGGCUACUGUCACUCCCCUUAUGUCUAGCAACUCUGUGUGCUGGUUUUGUUCCACUGUAAGUGCUAGCAUACCCAAGCAGUAGUCUUAUUAGUCAUGCCUGAUUGCUUUAUCAAGGACAAGCUAUCUUUACACUGGUUGCUCUCCAUGAUUAAAAAAAUCAGGUGUAAGUCUAAUAUGAACUUAAAAAAAAAAAAAACCAAAAAAACAGUGCCAACCAGGAAAACUACAUGUGUUUCUUCUCUUGUACGCCACCAAAUUGAUCCUAAGUAGUGGGGAUCAAAUUCCUGGGAUCUGCUCUUUUCCCCUGUUAAGUCACAGUUUGAAACUUGAAGUCGGUGCACAUAAUGAGUUUGUUGCUACGAUGUGGACUUUCAUAUAAUGCUCUCAUCUAGUUGCAGUUUUUCACGUGCCAAAGCUAAAAUACAAAUAUUUGAUGUGGUAUGGCCAUACUCUCAGAAUGUCAGUAAUAUCUGGUAAUAGAGUUCAUUCACUUUCUGCCACAGAAGAAAUCCUGCUCAGUCUCCUGGCUUGAAAAUUGUAUUUUACCCUCUGUUUUCUCAAAAGGCCUUGUUUUGCAGCGUGACUAGGCAACUUCAGUUUCAUUUCUAUUAUAACUUUUUUUAUUAUUAUUUUUUAAAUUUAAAUAGCAGAUAUCAAGGUACUACCUUAUAAAGAACACCUCUGUUUUCUUUCAACUUUAUUUGCAUUCAAAUAAGCAAUAUAUGGUCCCAUAAUAUCUUACAAAACUGGUUCUUUACUUUGUUCUGUAGUUAGAGUCCUUUUAAACUGUUACUUCCUUUUGGAAUGUAAAUGAUCAGAGACAAUAUUUUUUCAGGUAAGAACUCCUCAAGUCACAGAUUCAUAUAUCAUUUGUGGUGAAACAGUUUGGUAUAUGCCGAUGGGACACUGCAUUAGAACACUUGCAUUUUUCCUUAGUGGUAUGCUGUUCGUAGCACUUUCUUGACAGACACGGCUUUUGCAUGCCAUAGUUCUUACAUCGAAAAUACUAUUGCUGAGGAAUGUGGUAAGCUCCAUUGUGCAAUAUACUAGUAGGAUAAAAGGUAUGUAACCAAUUCUUCUGUUCUUAGUAUGUGAUUUUUCUCUCUAAAAGCACGGCGAGUAAUGGGUAACAAUUUAAAUGAUUAACUUUCUGCACUGUCACUAAAAAUGCAGUUUAAAUUCUUUUUGGAUCCCAACUUUCCUGAGCUGCUGAAAGCUUAUUUGAAUUCAUGAUCUAGUUAUGAUGUGUGCUACUUACUGUGGGCAGAUAUUUUCCUGGUGGUACACAUUCAAAGAAGCCUGAGAACUGCUUGUAGUUGGAGGAAAUGUCUUGCACACAUUGUAUGCUUUCUUUGUGCUCAGCAGUCUGACUCAUUUCUAAAUCCACAGAUCACUCUGUCCACUCUAUUAUACUGGUUAAAUCUGAGUGGUUGAAGUUCCUAAUUCAUGAUCAGAAUGAUGCCAAUAAAUAGCAUUUGUAGCUCAUAAAAAAAAAACAAACAAGUACAUGUAGCACAUGUGAAACUGAAAGCUGUUGAAUGUUUCCUAAUGAUUUAUUGCCAAAGCUGGAAACUGCUAAUGGUAACAGCGUAGAUGUACUGUCCUAGAUUUGGCUUUAAAGAAAAACAUAGUAUGUGUGUAACUUUCUCUUCUGAUUUAAGGGACAAAAUAAGAACCAAAAGGCUCUCAUCACUUUAAUUUUACUUCUUAUGUAAAUAAUUAUACGAUAUACGUAUUCCAUAUUGUUGAGUGCAAUGUGAUCUUCAGUUUACUUGGUCAGCUGUUCUGGUUUCUCACUGCUUUUACUUUCUGUGCUUAAAAGCUGAUGUUCUUCCAACUGGGAUCAACUUAGUUCUGGUACAAGAUUAGCUGCCUAUUUCUAUCUGUCCUUUAUAGAUAGAUCGAUGCACAGAAGCGUAACACUUCAGUGAGAGGAGAUUUUGCAACAUUCCUAAAUUAGGGUUACAUCAGUGUUCGUAGGUUUGUAAAAUAAAACUGCUCAUCUUCUGCUAUGUAUAGAAACUUGACUGGUUUUGUUUCCUUUUAACUGAAUUACUAACAACAAUAAUGAACAGCAGUUAACAUUGAUUCAGUUAUGGUUUCAGAAGAUAAGGAAUGAGUUAGAGGAGAUCAGGAUUGGUGGGGACGAGAAUUGUAUUACAAAAGAAUUAGUGACAUUGACAUUUGAGUAAGUGGGAAAAGGCAUGUUUUGUAAUAAAUGCCUUAUUGAAAAAUAGCAUAGCAGUGAAAACCCAAAAUACUGGGGUGCUUAGACAUGAACCAUUUUGUACUGUCUUUUAAUUUUGUCUCACUACAAUCUCAGUUUAUGCUAAUGUGCUCUAAUGUGCUCUCAGUUUUGUUCCUGUAUUGGAAAGGAAGGUGCAUACAGUUUUCUAAGUUCAGAAAAAAUCUUGUAUUUUCAGUUUUCUGUUUUCAAACUGGUUUUGAAAGGUCAACUAUUAAAGUGUGAUGGUAAGUUUAUUCUGUAAAAUACACUGGUGGGAAUUGCUGGAAAAUCAGUUCCUUUUGAUUUACUGGAUAAAAGUUAGACAUGUUUGAUGAUUCAGUUAAACAUAUCAUGCUAUUUGGAAAGACCCAAAUCCAGCUGACCAGAACCUUUCUCUUCUCCCAAGAAAAAUUAUUUUAACCAUUUUAUGCAUUUCCUGAUAAGCACUGGAUACUCUCCAAACUAUGCUAUAAGUUUCACUCCAGGCUGCCUCUUCAUCAUCCACUUCAAUCUGCCUGUCUGCUCUGAUUCCAUAUGGCAGAAUCCUUUUUUUGUUUCUUCUGGGUGUUUUGUGUUUCCUUAGACGUGGAAGAUAAAAUAAAGCAGUGCUGCUUCUCUCUGCAACUUUACAGCAGAUUCCUGUGGAAGUGCUGGAUACUGUUUCAUCAGUCUUCCACUCUUCACAUCUUGACCAUUCAAGAUGUGGAAUAAGUGCACCACUGCAAUAAAGUUAUUCCACUGAGGUGAGUGUAGUUACACUGAAGCAGGGAGGAGGUGUUCUGUAGUAUCUAAGUCCUUAUAUGGAAUAUAUUUCUCUGUUCCGGGUGAUGUGAAUACUUUAAAUCCACUAAAUGUUAGGAAAACGUAGUUUUCUAACAUGUUAAAUCUCAACACCGCAAAACUCUUGUCCAUUACAGCAAUGUCUUUAAACUUUGCUUAUAUGGCUAUGGCUGUGUUAAUUCUUUGAGGUUCAUAGUACGGUAAGUUGUGGUGAGGAAGCAAGAGUUGGCAGAAGCCCUUACCUACUUUGUGUUACCUACUUCGUGUUUUCUUUUAUAACCUGAAUAUAAUCCUCUGUGACCAGAAUUCAGUAUAUAUUUCUUCCUGGUUGAAAUUCACAAGCCUGCUCAUCAGAAAGAUGGUAGUCUUACAGAAUGUCUUUGUGUAUAAAUUAGAGACUUUAAAGGUAUAUAUAAAUAGGUUUCAUAGCAUAUGCUUUUUAAUAUCCAAACAGGAAACAAAAAGAAGAGAUGGCUGUGCUGGCCAGUAUAAGUAACAUGAACUGUCUUUGUUUGAGCGGGUGUUACUGGUGUGAUCUUACUGAAAGUUCCCUUCUAAUAAAGAAACCCUUCCUAAUCGAUCCUGUGGGCAGGAAGCGUUGUUUACGUAUAGGAAUAGCUCUUGUCCCAGGUCCCGGUGUCGCUGUCCUCCCCGGCUCUUCCAGCCGUGCCUCCCCCCGUGUGUGCGCCAAGGGAGGGCCGAACGGGGCGGGGCGGCAGGGUCCGGGCUUCACCUGGCGGCGGCAUGGCCGCACCGGGCCGGGGCGGCGCCGGGGGCAGAGUCCAGCGCCAGGACCCGGCGGCCGGAGCCCGCUACAGGCACGAAAGAUGCCCCUGGGACUGGGGACCAGGAAGAAGGGCAAGUCCAAAGAGACCUCCAAGCUGGUGGACAGCGAGGCUGCGGCCCCACCGGCUGCGGCGGAGGUUCCUGCACCGGUGGCGAGCGCCUCGCGGCUUCAGUUCCACACUCAGCUGGCGCACGGCAGCCCCACCGGCCGCGUGGAGGGGUUCAGCAGCGCCCGCGAGCUGUACGCCAAGAUCGCAGAGGUGUUCGGCAUCGCCCCUAACGAGAUCAUGUUUUGUACUCUGAACACUCAUAAAGUUGAUAUGGACAAGCUGUUAGGUGCACAGAUUGGCCUUGAAGAUUUUAUAUUUGCCCACAUAAAAGGACAACGAAAAGAAGUGGAAGUUCUUAAAUCCGAUGAUGUGCUUGGGCUUACUGUUACUGACAAUGGAGCCGGAUGUCCCUUUAUAAAGCGAAUCAGAGAAGGGAGCCUUAUGGACCAAACCAAAAUGAUCUGCGUAGGCGAUCACAUAGAGUCUAUAAAUGGAAAAGAUGUGUCAGAUCUUCGGCAUUAUGAAGUUGCCAAAAUGCUAAAAGAUCUGGAGAAAGGUCGGGUGCUUAAGCUGAAGCUGGUAGAGCCUAUGAAGUCAUUUGAAAAGGUGUCUGCAAGGUCCAAAGGUGGAAGUCUGACCGAAGCUAAAAUCUCCAGAGGGAGAGAAACACUGCGUCUGAGAAAUAAAGGUCCUGCCACUGUGGAGGAAAUGCUGUCUGAAGUUGAAGAAAAAGCAGUAAAAAAAGUGGAUGAACUUCUUGAAACAUAUAUGGGGAUAGAUAUUGAAUUAGCUGCAACAAUGGUGGAAGCAGGAAGAGACAAGAAAAACCCAGACGAAUUUGCAGUGGCACUGGAUGAAACUCUUGGAGACUUUGCAUUUCCAGACGAGUUUGUCUUUGACGUGUGGGGAGCAAUAGGGGAUGCUAAGCAAGGAAGACUGGAAUGAGAACUGUGAAGAUUAUCAUUCUCAAUUCAAAAAUAUAAAAUGACUUUGAAAUGUCAGAAUACUAAUAUUUUUAUUGAUAUAAAUCUGGGGUGCUCUAUGUAAGUAUUGCUAUCAGAGACGUUAUUUUGCAAAGGAAAGUUUCUAACAGAAUUAAACUGAGAGAUUUAAACUGUGCAUUUAAAAGGAACACUUAAUUUACAUGUAGAAAUCACUGAGAGGAGAAUGGUCAAGUAGAUGCAUUUACAUGUGCAUUUUAUGUACUUCGGUAACUAUUUUGAGGAGUGAUAGAUAUAUACAACAACAUUUUUUUUUGGAUUAUCUUUUUUUUUUUUUUUUUUUUUUUGCAUUUUAAGAAAGAUUUAUAAGCUUGAUUAAAAAAAAAAAUAAAAAAAAUCACCAAUACAAGGAAGUUCUCUGAUCUGCUCGUUCUCAAGUAUUUAAGUAGGCCAAGAACUGUAUUGUUUGGCCUGGAUGUAGGCAAAGCUGAGAAGAAGCCACUCUGCCUCUGCAGAAUUGGAAAAAAAACUAAAACAAACUAUGACUUUAAAAUGAAAAUGACUCAUUUUUGGUCAUAACAUGCGCUGCUGAGGUAUUUCUGAAAUGGUAUAGUAGAAACGCCUAGAGCAGGAAUCUGUUGUUUUAUUCAGAUGCCAUAUUAUUGCAAUAGCUACUGCAUAAUAAGUAACAAAUGUUAAUUUUGAUUACUAUUCACAUAUUUGGAUAAUAUCUGCGAUCUGGCACUGGGGACUGUAGUACAUGACUAAAUGAUUCACUGAUCUUUGCACUUAAUAAACACCUGAAAUCCUGUGAAGUUCCCCCUUUA